CUUCCACAGCUGUCUGCACACAAAGACGGAAUUUCAUGCUAACAGAAUUCGUUUAUACCAACAUAUAAAUACGCUUUAUAAAACUUUCACAUAGUCUUGAAAUCUGUUUUUCUACCUAGAGCAGACUGGGAUAAAAUUUUACAAACUUGGGAGAAAAUUUUACAUUUUAAAUGCAAAUGAGCCUUUUUAGGCUAUACGACUUAAUCAGUGAUCACUCUGUACUUGUCCGGUCUGUUUGUUCUGUCGCUCAUCGUUACGAUGGCAACUACAGUAAGACUUCUCCGGGCUGUUCGAAGAUUAGGUGCGUGUUAUCAGUCAGCCUCGCCCGCUGCAACUAGAGCAAUCAUCACUAAUCGCUAUUAUAAUCUAUCUCAUCUGAGAGAAUUGAAUACAAGUACAAUAAUGGCCUCCGGGUUUAUCGGGUCGAACUCUGGUCUUCUGUUCCGUCAGCUUUUUGAUGGGGAUAGCUGCACCUACACUUAUCUGCUGGCAGAUACUGCUACAAAAGAAGCCCUCUUGAUUGACCCUGUGAUUGAAUUGGCUCAGAGAGAUGCUACUCUCAUCAAGCAGCUGCAAUUGAAUCUCAAAUAUGUCGUCAACACUCACGUGCAUGCAGACCACAUCACCGGCUCAGGUAUGCUGAAGAAGCUUGUGCCAGGCUGCGUGUCUGUUCUAUCUGAGGCUUCUGGCGGAGAUGCUGAUCUUAAAGUCAAUCCUGGCGAUGUAAUCAAAGUGGGGGCUGUGCAGCUGGAAGUGCGUGCCACUCCCGGUCACACUGCAGGCUGCGUAACGUUUGUGGACCACGCCCACGGCAUGGCGUUCACAGGUGAUGCGCUGCUCAUUGGUGGCUGUGGCAGGACUGACUUCCAGGAAGGAAACCCCGAGACCCUCUACAAGGCUGUACACUCUCAGAUCCUGACCCUGCCUGACCAUUAUCUCCUCUACCCUGCCCAUGACUACCAAGGGCUCACUGUUACUUCUGUCAAGGAGGAGAAGGAGUACAACCCCCGGCUCACCAAAAGUCUCACUGAAUUCGUGGAGAUAAUGAACAACUUGGGGCUGCCAUACCCGGACAAAAUAGAUGUUUCCCUGCCUGCAAACAAAGUGUGUGGUCUCUACAAUCUGCCCGAUGAUCUUGCGGCCGAGCUGCAAAAAGCAUCAUAGACUUUACGCCAUGCCAUUCAAGCCAGGCAGAUUUUCUUCUAUCAGUUCUUUGCUUUCGGUUCUCUGACUUUCAUGUGUGUUGCUUUUUUUAUGUUGGGAAACAGGGUGAACGUGCGUGGUUUCAAUGUAAUUAAAUAUCUACCUGUUCUAUGCCAUUAAUAUCUUAGCCCAAGUUACCGUCAAUAUUUUUAUUACUUGAGAAAAAUAUAUCACACUGCACGAAUUAGACGAUCAAGUCAGGCAAGCUUUAAUGUUUUGUACAUGAUUCACCUCAGCUGAUGUAUUGUUAACUAUAUGCCUGGAACAAGUGUGAUAAUGUAGUCUAGAUUUACUUUAAUUAUCUUUCAACAUUUAUUCAACGUGAUACAUUAUGAUGAAAUGGUCUGUUACCAUUUAAGAGUUCAGCACGCAUGGCCUAUUAAGUGCCUUACUGUCCAGCAAUACAUAAAAGUUUUCUUCGUGGUCUUCAUCGAAUUUUAUUACGAGAAUUUAUCCGUAGUACUAGGAUUUAUUCACAUGGCUAUGGGGAUUAUUUACGUUACCUAUCCAUGUAUAUCGUAUUAGACUCGUAUCAGAGGAUUAUUUAAGAGUCCCGUGGACUCGACAUCAACGCGCUCAGCCGCGAUAGUCGCUAUGGAGUUUUUUUUAACUAUUUAGAACUGCAGUAACUCCCCUCAUAAAUAAGAUA